AUGCCACCAAGUCCGCCUGGUAAUAGAAAACUCACCAACCCAAGUGCAAAUCGAAACCUGCUUGUCGAACGAUGCUCUUCUAUCCGUGCAUGCGAGUCCUGCAAACGCAAGAGAAGAGUAUGUAGCGGACAGCGUCCGUGUAAUCACUGCACCGAGUCAUCGACCGAGUGCGUCUUUACUGUCGUGUCAGAGCAUCCACGGAGUGUGUUCUCGACAACCAACGCUCGUCGGUUAAGCUCCGGAUCUGCGUGCACAGAAAUAGGGACAGGAACAAGCACAAGCACAGGCACAGGCACAGGAGGAACAGAAGGAAUAAAAGGAACAGGAGGAGGAUUGGAAAUUACUGGGGGUGUAGGUGGAAGUGUAGGGGCAGGGGCAGGGGCAGGGGUAGGGGACAAUGAAGCCAUUGACAGGAUCGAGGACAGAUUACGACGGAUCGAGCGCCUAAUGUCAGCUAUCCAACCUAGCCCGCUCUCCCAAAGCAUAACCUCCUUCAGCAGUGCGGCUGGCCCGACUACUCCUGACAAAGAAACCCAGACUCACGGCACUCUUUCUCUGCGUAAACUGUCUUCACCUCAUCCUCCUUCUCCAACUACUACAGUACGCCAACACCGGCACACUGUCCAAGGCAUCAGUGCUACCAAAGAACAUGCCGAACUUCGAACCGCCUUCAUUAAAGCCAAGCGUCAAAACCAAAACCAAAACCAAAAUCACAUACAAUUACAAUUACAACAAUCAUCAUCAUCUGCUGAUCCUUCUUCCACACCCCCACCACUAUCUCCUACUCACUCGGACCAACUCUCCAGACGUACAUUUGUCUCGACCAAUCUGGAUUAUUCGGUUCAUUAUCCCAUCUAUCCACUCACGCCUCCAUCUCACAGUUCUACAGUAGAGCCAGAGUCAACAGUCACUCCAUCCUAA